AUGACAGCCCCCAUGAGCGACGCGCCCUGGGGUCUACUCACCUCCCACUUUGAGUUUGCCACAUCUCAUCCCGACCACGGUGACAUUACCAACUUUUACCCCCGCCACAAACCAGACCAGGGCAAAGAUCUAAACAAGUUUGUAGAACUGCUAGCCGAGUCUCUGAAGACUUCGGCCGCUCAGGAACGAGCGAAAUAUGCAGAAAGCUACGACGACCCAGAUCCCAACGACAUAGUCAUACCCGAGUCUGACUUCGUCGAGAUCGAGGUGCCCUUCCGCCGCUGGCACCUGUCGUGCACCACUGUAGGAACUCCGUAUUGCCUUCAAAAUCGCGUCCCACCACAGCAUGAGCUCAUGCCGUUGUCUGUGAGGCGGUUCAAGCAUGCCGGGGUGGCGUUGCCGAGGUCCGGGGAUGGUGGUGCCGUGAUAUGCACUCAUGUAGGCGACUACAACUGCCGGUGUCUCCCCCGUUUCGAAGACCGGCGCAUGUCGACGUUUCUACGCACCUACCAGCGCAACGAUUGCUUCGAGUUUGACGAGGUCAACGGCGACAGCUUCUACGGCCUGGAGCUUCUCAAGGCGCUGAUCCUGCACGGUAACAUGGAAACGGUGCUGCGCAUCUGUACGCACCCGCAGGUCGACUUCCUGAGCUGGUGGGACGCGCAGAUGUGCUACUGCACGGGCCCCGACGUGGCGUUGGGCCAGAUGUGCCGAGAUACGUUGCGGGCGUACAUUGUGCUCAACCUUAUCCAGCGAGGGUUCCCGGAACGGUGCGUUAGGCUUUCGGGGGAAAAGGCGAAGAGCGACGAGGAGGAACGCUCCGACACAUCUGCGGACUAUUUGAGAACCAGAACGUACCAGAGUCUGGUACACGACCUGACCGUGUCGGACACGAUGACACAGAUCCCGCUGUUCCAACACAUGGAGUUUUUUGGCAUCCGAGACGACAAUUUCCGGACGUAUCCGCGCAAGGAGAGUCAAUGGAAAGUCCAAGACGAUCACUUCUAUCCGCUGGGCCGCGUAGGCUAUAAAGAGUUCAUCGGGUUGGACUUUGACACGGACCCACCGUACAUGCCGUCAGCGGCCGAGAUGGAAACGGUGAGGUCGGUGCUGAGCGUAAAAGGCCUUCCGACCGAGCUUGUCGACAUGGUUCUUGACCUUGCAGAGUACGACGAGACGCGGGUCUUGAGCAUACCACACGAUCCGCUCCACGAGCUGAACACGGAUCAGCUGGAGGAGUAUCUAGCUUGGUCUUGGCAGACACUGCUGCGAUUCGACAUGUUGGCCAGGGCUGAGGGGGAUGAAAUGCCGUGGGAUAUGCUCAUUGCCAAUUGCUUACUUGAGUCGUUCCCUAUGCGAACGCCAACGAAGAAUAUGAAAGAGACGACACAGUGUUAUACGCAAAUCGAGCAGAGCGAUUGUGACGGACUUCGAUUUACCGAGCGUCUCAAACCAGUUUUUCUAUAG